GAUGGGAUGUUUAUCUCGACAGUUCACCUUUACCGUCAAUUUGCCCUCUUUUUUUGACUUUAACCACCUUUUUGUUGUUUUGGCGUCCCUGUGCGCAAUAUUCCAGAGGCGCCCAUGGUGAAACUGACGUGAGGUGUUCAUAUCAUCGACGCGAAACACAGUCCUGGUUUUGCAGCUUGAUUACCCAUAAUGGCUUCACUGCCUCCUCCCCCGCCCCCAGGAUGGGGUGCCGGAGCUCCCCCUUCCAUGCCACUUGCUCCUCCGCCCCCCGGAUACCGACCACCAGCCGACCCAAGAGUCGCCAAGUUCGAGCAGAAGAAGAAGGAGUGGCUUCGAACACAGCGGAAUCGGUUCGGGGAGAAGCGAAAGGCAGGAUUUGUGGAAACCCAGAAGGCCGAUAUGCCGCCGGAGCAUUUGCGAAAGAUCGUGAAGGAUAUCGGAGAUGUGUCCCAGAAAAAGUUCAGCACUGAUAAAAGAAGCUACCUUGGAGCGUUGAAGUUUAUGCCGCAUGCUGUAUUGAAGCUAUUGGAGAAUAUGCCGAUGCCAUGGGAGUCUGCUAGAGAGGUCAAAGUGCUCUAUCAUGUGAAUGGCUGCUUGACCCUUGUCAACGAAACUCCUCGAGUGAUUGAGCCGGUCUUCCAUGCGCAAUGGGCGACUAUGUGGGUCUGUAUGCGACGGGAGAAGAGCGACCGAAGACAUUUCAAGAGAAUGCGAUUUCCGCCGUUUGAUGACGAGGAACCUCCCUUAUCAUGGUCGGAGAACAUUGAAGAUGUGGAGCCCCUAGAGCCCAUUCAGAUGGAGCUAGAUGAAAGUGAAGAUGGCCCGGUAUAUGAAUGGUUCUAUGACCAUAGGCCUCUUCUUGAUACACCUCAUGUGAAUGGACCUAGCUACAAAACGUGGAACCUGAAUCUCCCCCAAAUGGCGACCUUAUAUCGACUCAGUCGGCAGCUUCUGAGCGAUGUGGUGGAUAAGAACUAUUUCCACAUGUUCGAUUUGAAUAGUUUCCUAACAGCAAAGGCCCUCAACGUUGCUAUUCCGGGUGGCCCAAGGUUCGAGCCGUUAUACAAGGAUAUAGACCCUAACGACGAAGAUUUCGGUGAAUUUAACGCUAUUGAUCGCAUCAUCUUCCGAGCGCCAAUUAGAACUGAAUACAGGGUCGCUUUUCCCUAUUUGUACAACUCAUUACCGAGAAGCGUGAAGCUGUCGUGGUACUCUCAUCCUCAAGUUGUAUAUGUUCGAACCGACGAUCCGAAUCUUCCAGCGUUUUACUUCGACCCCGUUAUUAAUCCUAUUUCUUCUCGAUCGGUCGCUCCAAAGAACAUCACCGUUAGCCACGAAGAUCAAAUCUUCGGUCCGGGAAACGAUGAAGAUGAUUUCGAGCUCCCUGGUGAUAUUGAGCCUUUCUUAGCUGACGAAGAGCUAUAUACAAGCGAAACAGCGUCAGCUAUUAGUCUGUGGUGGGCUCCAUAUCCGUUUGAUAGACGUUCGGGUAAAAUGGUACGAGCACAAGAUGUGCCUCUGGUGAAGCAGUGGUAUCUUGAACAUUGUCCCCAAGGUCAGCCCGUAAAGGUUCGGGUGUCUUACCAAAAGUUACUCAAGACAUAUGUUCUCAAUGAGCUGCAUAAGAAAAAGCCGAAAGCUCAGAACAAACAAAAUCUAUUGAGAGCCUUAAAGGGAACGAAGUUUUUCCAGCAGACCACCAUUGAUUGGGUGGAAGCUGGUCUUCAAGUUUGCCGUCAAGGUUUUAAUAUGCUAAAUUUGCUAAUCCACCGGAAGAACCUGACAUACCUGCAUUUGGAUUACAAUUUUAACCUCAAGCCCGUCAAAACCUUGACAACUAAAGAACGUAAAAAGUCUCGCUUUGGAAACGCGUUCCACUUAAUGAGAGAAAUCCUCCGACUUACCAAGCUGAUCGUCGACGCCCAAGUUCAGUAUCGCCUUGGUAAUAUUGAUGCUUUCCAGCUUGCAGAUGGAAUACUCUAUGCGUUCAACCAUGUCGGCCAGCUUACCGGAAUGUACAGAUAUAAGUACAAACUCAUGCACCAGAUCCGAUCCUGCAAAGAUCUGAAGCAUCUAAUUUAUUACCGUUUCAACUCCGGCCCUGUAGGAAAGGGCCCUGGCUGUGGCUUCUGGGCGCCUGCAUGGAGAGUGUGGCUUUUCUUCCUCCGUGGAAUAAUCCCUCUUCUGGAACGAUGGCUUGGAAAUUUGUUGUCUAGACAGUUUGAAGGCCGACAUAGUAAGGGAGUGGCAAAGACCGUUACCAAACAGCGAGUUGAGUCUCAUUUCGACUUGGAGCUUCGAGCGUCUGUGAUGGCGGAUCUAAUGGACAUGAUGCCAGAGGGAAUCAAGCAGAACAAAGUCAAUACAGUCCUUCAGCACCUUUCAGAAGCGUGGAGAUGCUGGAAGAGCAACAUUCCGUGGAAAGUACCCGGUCUUCCAGCUCCAAUCGAGAACAUUAUUUUGCGAUACGUUAAGAGCAAGGCGGAUUGGUGGAUAUCGGUCGCUCAUUACAACCGUGAGCGAAUUCGGCGCGGAGCAACCGUUGAUAAAACAGUGGCUAAGAAAAACCUUGGUCGUUUAACUCGUCUAUGGUUGAAAGCUGAGCAAGAGCGACAGCAUAACUACCUGAAAGACGGCCCGUAUGUAUCUUCUGAGGAAGCUGUUGCUAUCUACACUACCACCGUUCAUUGGCUUGAAUCCCGCAAAUUUUCACCGAUCCCGUUCCCUAGUGUAUCCUACAAGCACGACACAAAGAUUUUGAUUUUGGCCUUGGAACGUUUACGUGAGGCAUAUUCGGUCAAAGGCCGUUUGAAUCAAAGCCAGCGAGAAGAACUUGCUUUGAUCGAACAAGCCUACGAUUCCCCAGGCACAACUCUUGCGAGAAUCAAGCGAUUCCUUCUUACUCAGCGAGCGUUUAAAGAGGUUGGUAUCGAUAUGAACGACAACUAUAGUCAUAUCAACCCAGUUUAUGACAUCGAGCCUAUCGAGAAGAUCACCGAUGCAUAUUUGGACCAGUAUCUAUGGUAUCAAGCUGAUCAACGCCACCUUUUCCCGUCCUGGAUUAAACCUUCUGAUUCCGAAGUGCCGCCGCUUCUCGUUUAUAAAUGGGCCCAAGGCAUCAACAACCUUUCAAAUGUGUGGGAGACCGCUGACGGCGAAUGCAACGUCAUGAUUGAGACGGAGCUUUCGAAAGUGUAUGAAAAGAUUGAUCUUACACUUCUCAACCGCUUACUCCGUCUCAUUAUGGACCAUAACUUGGCAGAUUAUAUCACGUCUAAAAACAACGUUCAGCUCAACUACAAGGAUAUGAACCACACUAACAGCUAUGGUCUAAUCCGCGGUCUCCAGUUCUCCGGCUUCGUCUUCCAAUACUAUGGCUUGGUGAUCGAUCUACUCCUGCUCGGGCUGCAGCGAGCCAGUGAGCUAGCCGGUCCACCCCAGAGCCCUAACGACUUCCUACAGUUCAGGGAUCGAGCAACAGAAACCAGACAUCCGAUCCGUCUCUACACGAGAUACAUUGACAAAAUCUGGGUAUUUUUUAGAUUCACCGCCGACGAGUCUCGUGAUCUGAUCCAACGGUUUUUGACCGAACAGCCCGACCCGAACUUUGAAAAUGUUAUCGGUUAUAAGAAUAAAAAGUGCUGGCCGAGAGAUUCUAGGAUGAGACUGAUGAGGCAUGAUGUCAACCUUGGUCGUGCCGUGUUCUGGGAUUUGAAGAAUCGUCUUCCAAGGUCUAUAACUACAAUUGAAUGGGAUGACACGUUUGCGAGUGUCUACAGUCGGGACAACCCUAAUCUUCUCUUCUCCAUGUGCGGAUUCGAAGUGCGUAUCCUUCCAAAGACUCGAAACCAGAAUGAGGAAUUUUCGGUAAAAGACAGCGUCUGGUCCCUCACAGAUAAUUCCACGAAAGAGCGAACUGCGUAUGCAUUCCUUCAGGUCACGGAAGAAGAUAUCCAGAAAUUCAAUAAUCGCAUUCGACAGAUUCUUAUGUCCUCUGGGUCGACUACGUUCACCAAAAUUGCGAACAAAUGGAAUACCAGCUUGAUUGCGCUCUUCACAUACUACCGUGAAGCUGCAGUCUCGACUGUUAACCUCCUAGAUACCAUUGUGAAGUGCGAGACCAAAAUUCAAACUCGAGUGAAGAUCGGCCUUAACUCCAAGAUGCCUUCUCGUUUUCCUCCUGCGGUGUUCUAUACACCUAAGGAAUUAGGAGGGCUAGGCAUGAUAUCCGGGUCGCACAUCCUUAUCCCUGCGAGUGACAAACGGUGGUCCAAACAGACCGACACUGGAGUCACUCACUACAGAGCGGGAAUGUCACAUGACGAAGAGACGCUUAUUCCUAACAUCUUCCGUUACAUCAUUCCGUGGGAAGCCGAGUUUAUUGAUUCACAACGUGUCUGGAUGGAGUAUUCACAGAAACGACAAGAGGCCAACCAGCAGAAUCGACGACUGACUCUCGAGGAUCUGGAAGACAGCUGGGAUCGUGGUCUUCCACGUAUUAACACUUUGUUCCAAAAGGAUCGCAGUACGCUCAGUUUUGACAAAGGUUUCCGUACUCGUACGGAGUUCAAGACCUAUCAGUUGAUGAAGAGCAAUCCUUUCUGGUGGACCAGUCAAAGGCAUGACGGCAAACUGUGGAAUCUCAACGCCUACCGUACCGACGUCAUCCAAGCCUUGGGAGGCGUCGAAACAAUCUUGGAGCACACGCUUUUCAAGGCAACCGCGUUCCCUUCCUGGGAGGGUCUCUUUUGGGAGAGAGCGUCUGGCUUCGAAGAGUCGAUGAAAUUCAAAAAGCUCACAAACGCCCAAAGAUCCGGUUUGAACCAGAUUCCCAAUCGUCGCUUCACUCUUUGGUGGUCUCCUACCAUCAAUCGUGCCAAUGUUUACGUUGGUUUCCAAGUGCAGCUGGAUCUUACUGGUAUCUUCUUGCAUGGCAAGAUCCCAACUUUGAAGAUCUCCCUGAUCCAGAUCUUCCGAGCACAUUUGUGGCAGAAAAUCCACGAGUCGGUUGUCAUGGAUCUUUGCCAGGUAUUCGACCAGGAACUCGAGCAACUUGGCAUUGAAACGGUUCAAAAGGAAACUAUUCACCCGCGUAAAUCCUACAAGAUGAACAGUUCUUGUGCCGAUAUCCUUUUAUUCGCUACACAUAAAUGGAACGUCACACGCCCUUCACUUUUAUUCGAUACAAAGGAUGUGAUCGAGGCCACAACGACAAACAAAUUCUGGUUGGAUGUACAAUUGAGAUAUGGCGAUUACGAUUCUCACGAUAUCGAAAGAUAUGUCCGUGCUAAGUAUCUUGAUUAUACCACGGAUAGCAUGAGCAUCUAUCCCUCGGCAACUGGACUGAUGAUCGGUAUCGACCUGGCAUAUAACCUGUAUUCUGCGUAUGGCCAGUACUUCCCUGGUUUGAAAGCUCUCGUCCAACAAGCCAUGGCCAAAGUUAUGAAGGCAAAUCCAGCUUUGUACGUCCUAAGAGAACGUAUCCGCAAGGGUCUGCAGCUUUAUGCGUCGGAGAGCAACCAAGAGUUUCUAAACUCUCAAAAUUAUUCUGAACUCUUCAGUAACCAAAUCCAGCUAUUCAUCGACGAUACCAAUGUCUAUCGCGUCACUAUCCACAAAACCUUUGAAGGCAACUUGACGACAAAGCCUAUCAACGGUGCCAUUUUCAUCUUCAACCCGCGGACUGGCCAGCUCUUUUUGAAAAUUAUUCACACAAGCGUUUGGGCCGGACAAAAACGUCUGGGUCAGUUGGCUAAAUGGAAAACCGCAGAAGAAGUGGCGGCGCUUAUCCGAUCUCUACCAGUUGAAGAACAGCCCAAGCAGUUGAUUGUUACAAGAAAGGGUCUUCUUGAUCCUCUUGAAGUGCAUCUUCUUGACUUCCCAAACAUUUCAAUUCGAGCUUCCGAGUUACAACUGCCAUUCCAGGCCGCCAUGAAGAUUGAAAAACUCGCAGAUAUGAUUCUUCGGGCAACGGAGCCACAGAUGGUACUGUUCAACUUGUAUGACGAAUGGCUAAAGACAAUCUCGUCGUACACUGCCUUCUCCCGGUUGAUUUUAAUCCUCCGAGCACUGCAUGUCAACAUUGACAAGACCAAGAUUCUCUUGCGUCCAGAUAAGAGUGUAAUUACCCAAGAGCACCAUAUCUGGCCUACCCUUUCGGAUGAGGAUUGGAUCAAACUCGAAGUUCAGCUCCGUGAUUUAAUCUUGAACGACUACGGCAAGAAGAACAAUGUUAACACCCAGAGUUUGACCAGCAGCGAAGUUCGGGAUAUUAUUCUUGGUAUGGAGAUUAGUGCACCGUCAUUACAGCGUCAGCAGGCCGCCGAAAUGGAGAAGCAGCAACAGGAUCAAAAGCAGCUCACCGCCGUGACUACCAAGACACAAAACGUACGCGGGGAAGAGAUUAUUGUUACGACCACGUCUCAAUACGAGCAGCAGUCCUUCGCCUCGAAGACAGAGUGGCGUACACGUGCCAUUGCGACAUCGAAUCUUCGGACACGGGCUAACAAUAUCUAUAUCUCGUCCGAGGACAUUCAAGAGGAUGGACAUUUCACGUAUAUCAUGCCAAAAAAUAUCCUCAAACGAUUCAUUAUGAUCUCGGACCUCCGGGUUCAGGUGGCUGCGUUCUUAUACGGUCGCUCACCUCCCGAUAACGCACAGAUCAAGGAAAUAAUAACCAUCGUCAUGAUACCACAAGUUGGGAACACUCGAGACGUUCAGCUGCCCCAGCAACUGCCAAAACACGAAUAUCUCAACGACCUUGAGCCGCUUGGAAUUAUCCACACCAUGUCGGGCAACGAGCCAUCGUAUAUGACCGCUAUGGACGUUACGCAACACUCCCGUCUAAUGAAUGCGCAUCCAUCAUGGGAUAAGAAGACUGUGACUAUGACAGUAUCUUUUACUCCGGGCUCCGUUUCCUUGUCUGCAUGGUCGUUGACUCCUCAAGGCUAUAAAUGGGGCGCUGAGAACAAGGAUACGAGCUCAGACCAACCGCAGGGAUUCUCGACCAGCUUUGGUGAGAAGUGUCAGCUACUGCUCAGCGAUCGUAUUCGUGGCUAUUUCUUGGUUCCUGAGAACAAUGUGUGGAAUUACAGCUUCAUGGGCAGCUCGUUCAGCAGCGUGGAGAAGAGACCUGUGUACGUCAAGGUUGACACUCCAUUGCGAUUCUACGAUGAUCAGCACAGGCCUUUACAUUUCCAGAACUUUGCCGAGCUAGAGGAUAUCUGGGUAGAUCGGACUGAUAACUUCGCGUGAUCUCCUCGUUUCAUAUUCUUACCGUUCUACUUUGGUUAGAAGAAAUACUUCAAAUAUUGUAUGGCGUUCUAGCAAUGCUUUUCAAAAGGGGACCGUAUUUUUCAUUCAAAGUCGUUAUAUUUGGGAGAUGAUUUCAUGUAUUUUUAAUACCACGGAGAUUGAGACUGGCAAUGAUAUGUAUUCUAGGCAGGUUAAGAAUAAUGUAUUAGUGACGAAGGGAUUUACAUCUCUAUGAUCAUGU